AUGGGUAAAUCAGGUAAAGGAAAAGGUGGUAGAAACAGAAGAAGAGGAAAGAACGACAACGGUGGUCAAAAGAGAGAAUUAAUCUACAAGGAAGAUGGCCAAGAGUACGCUCAAAUCACCAAGAUGUUGGGUAACGGUAGAAUUGAAGUUGCUUGUUUCGAUAGCAUCAAGAGAAUGGGACACAUCAGAGGUAAGUUGAGAAAGAAGGUCUGGAUGGGUCAAGGUGACAUCAUUUUGGUUUCCUUGAGAGAUUUCCAAGACGAACAAUGUGAUGUUGUUCACAAGUACAACUCUGAUGAGGCCAGAACUUUGAAGAAUGUUGGUGAAUUGCCAGAAAAUGCCAAGAUUAACGAAACUGACACCUUUGGUGCUGAUGAAGAUGAAGAUGUCAACUUCGAGUUCGGAGCUGAAGAUUCUGAUGAUGAUGAUGAAGAGGAUGACGACUUGGACAUUGAUGAUAUUUAG